GAGUAAUUUCACGUUACCUUUGUCAAAAUCUGUCACUUCAAAUGAGCUCAACUUACAAAAAGUAAAAUAUACAAAAUGUAAAAAAAAAGAAAAAUCUAACUAAAUACCCAAAUUAGAGAGUGGCUUCGAGUUUUCAUCAAAUUUAGUUUGUAAAAUUUGGAGAAUGGAAUGCUACGGAAGAAGAAAUCGCAGAGGCAGAGGUCGCUCUCAUCAAAAUCAACCAUCAUUUCGUGAUUACAUUCCACCGCAGGAGGCUAAACCUUGGAGCUUCCUCAGUGGGCUUUACAGCCUCGUGGUCAUGGCCAGUUUGAUUGCUGUCAUUUACAUGAUGUUGGAAUACCACUGUGAAACUUGCAAGACUCAAUAUAAUAUUGAUGAAAUUACUAAAAAUAUCGACGUCAUAGCGAAAAACUUAUCAGACAUAGUCCACAACUACUACGACUUAGAAACUAAAAUAUCAAAACUGUCGAGUGAUCUUCCCAAAGUUGAAGGACAGAUGGAAGUAUUAGAAGCUUUGGCACAUUCAUUGGACACCAAAACUUUGGAAACUAUAAAAUUGCCUAAAGUUGACAUUUUAAUUACUCAACCUAUAAAACAAGAAACAAAUAACAGUAUUAAAAGCACAGGAUACCUUCAAAGACCUAUAGAAGUUGGGACAGAUUGACUAGAUGGCAGCAAAGCAACAAGUAAAAUGGAUUACGACUUAAAUGAAGUUGAUCAUGAAUAUCAAAGAAACGUUUGUUAUGGAAAGUUUUAAAGUAACGUUUUGGAACCAAAUAAAAAUGUUUUGUUACAUAA